AUUUGGUAGGUGAAUAAUUAAUUUAGCCAAUUUAAUCAAUUCUAGUGUAUUUUAUUAGGAAAUUUAUUUGGCAUAAUUAUUCAAAGCGUCAUGAAUUAUUGAUUAUUUACUCAUCUUAUGUUCUAGUCACUACCAAAGUUAUAGAUAGAAGAGUAUGGCACAAGCAGCAACUCAAGCAAGAAGUAGUCCUGUGAUAGAGCGAAACCUUCAUGAAAUGUUACGGGAUACACCUGCAAUGAAUGAAAGCAGCAAAGCUGUUCAUUCAGGUACUACUCCACCAACACCACAACGUGGUUAUAACCAACAUCCAGCUUCAUUGCCUCUGUCAAAUUCUGCUUCAUCAACAGCAACUGCACAGAGUCCAUCUACACCAAGUCAAAAUGGAGAUUCACAAAUGUUUAAAGUACCUCCUUCAAAAAUUGAAACAAUAAGAAAUUGGAGCAUUUCUACAUAUAAAUGUACCAAACAACUGAUGUUUGAGAAAUUGGGGAAAACUUCGAGAACAGUUGAUACAGAACUGGAAACUCAGAUAGAGCAGUUAAGGGAUACACAACGCAAGUACUCCAACAUACUUAGGCUGUCUCGUGCAUUGUCCAGUCACUUUUACCAUGUUGUUCAAACUCAGCAUGCACUUGGUGAAGCCUUCUCAGAUCUUGCCCAGAAAUCUCCAGAACUUCAAGAGGAGUUUCUGUACAAUUCAGAAACACAAAGGAAUUUAACUAAAAAUGGUGAAACACUUCUGAAUGCCCUAAACUUCUUUGUAUCUUCUGUAAAUACACUGUGUAACAAAACUAUAGAGGACACUUUGCUAACAAUACGCCAGUACGAAACUGCACGCAUAGAAUAUGAUGCCUACAGAACCGAUCUUGAGUUACUGAUCCAAGCACCAAGGAGUGAAGCAACUGCACAACGAUUAGAAGAGGCUCAAUUAGCAUUUGACAAACAUAAAGAUGAGUUUGAGAAGCUACGCUCAGACGUAAUAGUCAAACUUAAGUUUCUUGAUGAAAAUCGUAUAAAAGUAAUGCACAAGCAGUUGUUACUGUUCCACAAUGCAGUGUCUGCAUACUUCUCUGGCAACCAGCAGGCCCUAGAAGCAACUCUCAAGCAGUUCAAUAUUAAGGUGAAGUCACCAAACUCUACCAUUCCGUCAUGGCUAGAACAAUAGUGAUCUGCUUCUUCAUGUUAAGCUCUGUUUCGUGAAACUCGAGUUCUCAAUUUAAAAAUGUUUUUGGCCAUAGAUUUAUCAUUAAUUUUCUAUUGGUAAAUUCUCAGACAAAUAAGAUAAGGAUAUCAUUAAUUAAUAUUUAAUUGGUUAAUUUUAUAAAUAAUGGUAUAUACUCUUCUUGUAAUAUAUGCUAUGACUGUAGAAAAUAAUUGAAAUAGAAAAUUAAACUCUCCGAUGUGGAUUCAUUUGAAAUUAAUUAUAAUGUAUAAUUUGAAUAUUAUUUUAUGAAUUUAGUUUGAAGUGUUAAUCAUUCAUUUUCUAAUUUUGUUACUUAAAAUAACGAGGAUACUUUAAACAUGUUAACUGCCACCAUGCAAUAGAUUUAUUCUGGCUCAAUAUACAUUUUCUUUUUUCUUUUUUUAUUUAUAUUCAGGCAAUCAGUCUUUAUUCAUUCAAGUACAGUUUACAGUAGAAUACAUUAAAUGUGUUUUAAAAAACAAGCUAGACUUAAAUAAUUAAUUUGUAAAUGUAAGAUUUGUAUGUGAAUUUGAGUUGAAUAAAGAAAGUUAAUUACUCAAAAUAACUUUUUGGGGUUACUUUCUUUUUUGUGGUAGAUGGCAAUUAUUAUUUUCCAUUCUGAUUUCAAUUUAUUUAAGUACUUACGAAUCAAAGAAAUUCUUUUUGACCAGUUUUACUAUUUGUUUGUACUAUCAUGUUUUUAAAGCAGAAAUAUAAGUGAUCACUGCAGUUUCAGUUUUAUGAUAAUAGUUACAACAAAAUAAACCAAAUGUUGGGCAAUAUUGAUUGGUUUGUAUAAUCACCUCAAUCUAUACAAUGAGAUGAACAAAAACACUUCUCUAGUGACAUACAUUGCUACUUCCUCUAAUGUCUUACUCAUUGGACCUUCUGUAACAUGCAUGUAUGUAGACAUUAAACCCAGAAUAAAAAAGCUGAUAUACUGUAGAUGUAUUGUAAAAGAAAGUAUAUUAGCUUCCCACUUGGCCAACUUCAAGGAAAUGAUGUCAUAUAAUCAAGAUCUGAUGAGCUCAAAUCAAAUUAUUUAUUGCACACAACAUUUGUACAGGUAGUCACAAAAGUAACCCCAAAUAGAUGUAUUGCUGUAGUAUUUUGUAUCUUAUUAUUAUUAUUAUGAAAUAUAAAUUAAACAUAAUAACACAUUAAAAGAACUUUUUAGCUGCAAGUUGUCAGUUGUAUCACCAGCUUUUGAUUACAUAAUAUAGUUUAGAUUGAAAAUAUAAUUAGGUAGAAUACAUUGAUGUUUUUGCUUACUUUGUUAAGAGGAUAAUAAACUUUUCUUAUCCACUCCCAUAUUUGAAUUCAAAUAUUUAUAAAUAUGAAACAGUAAUCUCACAAUAAAACAAGCAUACAGUGUUCAUAACUAUUCUGAUAGUCGGGUUGGCAUUAGAUAGUAUCAAUACUAGUGUCUAUGAUAUGUAAUGGCAGUUAACAUGUUUUGAGAAUAAUGGACAAAUAAUAAAAAAUUAUCAAUAGCCCUAAAAUACACUCACACUGACAGUUUUAUACAAUUACGGUAAUUCCAAAAUGGAUAUAAAUUAAUACUGAAAAUUGAAACUGCAUAGCAAGCUUUAUUAUUCAUUUAUAUUAUAAGAAACAACCCAGAAAUUAAAAAUUGUUAUCUGUGAUGCAAACUAAUAAUAAUGUAUAGUAUUCAAUUGUAUAUCUAUAAGAUAUAUGUGAACUUAAGAGUUUGUAUAUGUAUGUUUUUGUACAAUAUCAUCUAAAUUUAGUGUGUUGGUAACUACUUAAAUUGACUGAAAAAAUCAGGGAAUACAAUCAAUUUGACAGUUUAGUUGUUUGUACAUUGGAGACUAACCUUCAUUUUUGAGUAUUGAAGAUGUAGUUAUAAUAAAUAUUGAUUGUAAGUUUUAUCCCACACGUUAUUUUGGUACAUUUCCAACUAUAUGAGGAAACUGUACUGUUUCUGGUUUAGUUUUAUAAAAGGUUUGGCAUUAAAAAUUGUAUGUGUCAAAUAAGAACAUUGUACAGUAAAACUUGUUAUGAAAAACUUCACUUAACCGUAAAAAGUAAUGCUUGUGUUAGUUAAUCUCUCAUAAACUACGAGUGUUUAACUUUGUAAUUAAGACAAACAUUCUU